AUGGGCAGGAAGAAGAGUCUGCGACAAGUGGUGCUAUUCGAUUCCUCAGCGCACAGCGAUAACAACUCGGGGAUCAUGACUCCACUCAGACUUGUCAAGCCUCAGGUUGACUCACCUUCGGGGCCCCGGCGUACCAAGCGUCCCAACGCUGGAAAGGGUGGAAUGGCCUCUCAGUUAAGGAAGGUUGGAGAGGCCGUGAUUGAUGAUCCAGCAAGACGUGCUGGCAAGGGACGACAGUUUGCUAUACCUGAUGGAGAGCCGAAGAACAUCAUGGUGCCGUCUCCAGUGAAAAAGAGAACUUGCAGGAAGGGUCAAAAAACAGCUGUACCAGCAGUUCAGACACCAGAUCGAUUGGAUGGUGCAGGUUCUGCACCUACUCUGCACGUUGGAGUGAACGGUGAACGGUUUGGGUUACAGAAUAACCCCAUUCCUCCAGGUUACGUCGGUUUGCAGCCUUUGGGAUUGGAGCAUCCUGUGCAUUCAAACUCUCAUAUUCAACAGGAUAGACCAUGCUCCCAUACCCACGUGGAAGUUGCAACAAGGCCCACUGUCAAGCCGCCUGUCAUGCGUGCACCUGCAGUGCAGCCUACCAUUCCACGCCAAAAGCCUGUCAUGCGUGCACCUGCGGCGCAGCCUACCAUCCCACCCCCAAAGCCAUCCAACCCACCUGUUUGA